AUGGCGCCGGCGAGCGAGCGGCCGCCGCCGCGGGACGACGGGGGUCCCGCGGCCGCCUCCGGCCCUCCGAUGGAAGCGCGGCGGGAGAACGGCGGAGAGCGGUGCGCGGGAGACGAGAGCGCGGCCGUACCGCGGGCGGCGGCCGGGGGCGACGCGGCCGAGCCCCCCGAGGGCGGCUGGGGCUGGGUGGUGAUGUUGGCCGCCAUGUGGUGCAACGGCGCCGUCUUCGGCAUCCAGAACUCGUGCGGGGUCCUCUUCGUCUCCAUGCUGCAGCUCUUCGGCGGCGGGCAGGACAAGCAGAUGGCCUUUAAAACAGCAUGGGUGAGCUCACUGUCUAUGGGAAUGGUCUUCUUCUGUUCUCCAAUAGUCAGCAUAUUCACAGACCUGUUCGGUUGCCGAAAAGUUGCUGUUACUGGAGCUGCAUUAGGUUUUGUUGGACUCCUGUCAAGUUCUUUUGUAAGCACCAUUGAACCUCUGUACUUCACCUAUGGAAUAUUAUUUGCCUGUGGCUGCUCAUUUGCUUACCAGCCAUCUUUGGUCAUUCUUGGGCACUAUUUCAAGAAACGCCUUGGACUAGUAAAUGGCAUCGUGACUGCAGGAAGCAGCUUGUUCACUGUGUCUCUGCCCUUCCUCUUGAGAGUUCUGAUUGAUUCUGUUGGCCUGUUCAACACAUUACGGGUCCUGUGCAUCCUCAUGUUUAUUCUGUUUCUGGCUGGCUUUACGUACAAACCUCUUGUUUCCAACACCAAAGAUGAAGGAGAAAAGAAGGGCAAGUUCAGAUUUCCUCCUGAAAAAAAGGUUUUCAAUUUCUCCGUUUUCAAAGUCAUGAGUUAUCGAAUCUGGGCUUUGGGGAUUCCUGCUGCACUUUUUGGAUACUUUGUGCCUUAUGUUCACUUGAUGAAACAUGUGGAAGACAGAUUUGGUGACAGUGUGCAAGAAGAAGUGCUUCUGCUGUGUCUGGGCGUUACUUCAGGAAUUGGCCGAUUGAUCUUUGGCAGAGUUGCAGAUUAUAUUCCUGGUGCAAAAAAAGUUUAUUUACAGGUGGCAUCAUUCUUCUUUAUUGGCUUGAUGUCGAUGAUGAUUCCGGUGUGCCACGUCUUCGGAGGUCUCAUUGCUGUCUGUCUCUUCAUGGGCCUGUUUGAUGGGUGUUUCAUUUGCAUUAUGGCUCCUAUUGCCUUUGAGCUUGUUGGGGCUCAGGAUGUCUCCCAGGCCAUAGGAUUUCUCCUUGGACUUAUGUCAAUACCUAUGACAGUUGGUCCACCCAUUGCAGGUUUGCUUCGUGAUCGCCUCGGUACCUACGAUGUGGCAUUCUACCUGGCGGGAGUCCCCCCGCUUAUCGGCGGAGCGAUAUUGUGCAUCAUCCCCUGGGUCCAUGAACGACAUAAGUUGAAAGAAAGGGCAAAACCCGUUGAUGGAGAAACUACUGAGAAAAUGCUGGAAAAUGAAAGCACUUUGGUGUCAGAUGCUACGGAAAAGCCAGUCAAAGAAAUGGAAUCAGGUGUUUGAUGCUUUCUUUUCCUAUACAAGAUGGACUUUCUUCUACCAAAGCUACAUUUCUGCUUUUUGGCUGAAGAUACUACAUGAUACUAAAGAUGUUCUGAACUGCUGAAAUUGCAAAACUACUCUUUUAUACCUGAACUUCUUUUGAGGAGUCAUUGAGUUUGAUUUCAAGCCACAUUUUCAGAGCAUUUGAAGUUUUGCAGCAUUAGUGUGUACAUGCGUAGUGAUUCUGUGUGUGAAGAGAAUAUUUUUCUAAUUCAUCAGAAUGUAUUUCUUGGAAGUAUGGAAGCUGUGUUUGGUUCACUGACCCAGGACUCUUCAAUAACUUGUGUGCUCCACUCAAUGCAGGCACACCCAGGGGUGUUUUAUACUGGAACAUUUAGUAGCUCUUAAAACUGAUUUCAUUUUUGAAGUUUCUUGUGCUGUUUUACAGUCUUUCAGAAUUCUGUAUCAUGAUUCUAUUUAGUGGGGAAAUACUGGUGGUAGGUGGAUGGUUGGACAGGAUGAUCUUGAGGUCUUUUCCAAACUUGGUGAUUCUAUGAUUCUAUGAAUGUGAAUAUGCAUAUUUUAGAUUCCCUUCGCUCUCGCUGAAAUCAUUUAGCAUUACAAAGUUAAAUUAUUAAACAUCUGUUUUGUUUUCUCUAAAACCCCCAGAUGGCUCAGUUUAAUCAUUCACUUUUUGCAUUGAUUCACCUUUUCACAGUAGCCUGAACAAAGAGAUGACAUUUUGGAUGGAACCAGGUUUUGGAUAUGCACAAACUGAGCUUAGAAUGCAAACGCAUUUGGAAGUACAGCUGCUGAAUUACAGAUUCUUGAUACUUUUUGGUAACACAAUGCUAUUGAUGUGUAGAUUAUGUUUUCACCUAAGCGUCACAAUUCCUGAUGGUGGUUUUGAAAUUGUACUGACAGCAAUACUUCAGAGCAGGACUGUGAAUUAGCCUAAAUUUCAAAUUGUCCUGUUGUUCCCUUCAGGUUUUUGUUUUUUUCCCCUUAAAACCGAGACAGCUUUAAAGAUACAUCCUAAGUGCAAUAAUAUGAAAUCGUUCUUGACACGUGGAAAUAAAGGGGAGCUAUUAAAACAACGCUCAACAAGAUAUUUGCACUAAGUGAACAUGCAGCUUUAUUUUAGGUCUUCGCAGCUCUGUAUUCAGACAUAAAGAAAUGUCUUUGCACGUCCUAUUGGCUGCUUAUCAUACUAUAGUAUGUCCCGAUUGCUUAUGUGUUCUUAGGUAUGAUGUACUGUUUGUCAGGCGUGUAUUUCUGGAUAUCUCCUAUGAAAAAUAUUUGAAAACAUGAUACUUUCAGAUGAAAACAAGACAGUUUAUCUUAAAAACACUUCCAAGCGCGUUGCUUAUCAGUGGGUGUGGAUGAACAGUGCAGUGGGAAUGCCUGAAUAUUCUUUACGUCGUGUGCAUUGAGCAUUUCUGUAGUCUUCAGGAGUGGCAUAGCAGAGAGUAAACUGAAUGCGAUCUAAAGACAAAGCGCACCCUGAAAUGCACUUUUAAUAAGUGGCAGUGCCUGCUCUUUAUGUGAACCACAGAGGGAUACUGUUUUAAAAUUAUAUCACUUGAUGUCUCCUCUACUUCUGUUGUUUUUCUGUUUUUCAGCAUUGUAGUAAACUGCCAAGAAAGCCCACGAAUGCUUGUGAUCUGAAACACUCUAUUAGCAGUGCUAUUACUUGAAAUGUUUACAUCUGUCAGCUUAAAGAAGUCUUAAAUGGAAUCACACAGAGCAUCCCAACUAUCGAAGACCAGCACUGAUAGUUUGUAUUGUAGAAUUUCAGUUCUUGUCUCAUGGAAUGUUGGAAGGAAUUGGAUUUUACAAAGUUAAUGGAGUAGAUCAGCGGGACUUAGAGGUGGAAAACAAUCCUUACGGCAGCUGUCCCUUUGGGUUCGCUGGGACUCGUGCUUCUCCAUGUCCCAAGUGCUCAUGAGAAUUUCAUUGAAACAUUAAUAGCAUUGCUAAUUAAAGCAAGUACCAAAUGCUGCCUUUAGUACAGAAGCGAUAACAGCAGCUCAUGCUGUUCCAGUCUGGCCUAUCUCUGCAGAUCAGUAUUACCAUGUGUGGGCCGUGCAAUGGAUUCUGCUGAUUGAGUAUGAUUAAAAACCUCUCGUUUCCUUUUGCUUUACGACAAAUGAAUAUUCACCGUGAGUCUUACACUUCAUGUGUUGUAGCUUUGGGAGUUUUUAACGACACUAAGGCUGCUUUUCAGCAUUAAUGUGACUUGAAACUGUCAUGAUGAGACAUCUUGAUGUAAUUGUAGCCAGGAGAGGAUAUAAAGCAAGUGUUGUUAAGAUUUUUAAAUGAUACCGAAGGAAUGUAACACUAAUAUGGAUUAAUUAUUGUUAGACCCUUUAGAAACGUAUCCAUACAUAAAAAUUCAAAUGUUCAUAUUUGAGUAACUAAAUACGUGAAUUAUCUUCUCCAAAUCAACUGCAUUUAAAAACAAAACAAAACAAAAAUCCCAGACAGUGGCCUUGGGAAGGGAAUUCAGAGGGAAUGAUCACAUAGCAAUGACCAGAGCAGUGUUAGAAACAGAUGCUGAAAUCAGGAUGUCAGGUGGCAGAUGCAGAGCUAGGGCUCAUGAAGUAAAGUUGGUGCAGUGCUGUCGGAAUACUGAACCUAUUGCUGAUGCCAGUGCUUGUUUCACAACGGUGCUGCAACUGAAAAGACUUCAAAAAAAAUGAGAUUUCAGAAAAGGCUUUUAAAAAAAUGAAUGCAUGAGAAUUCUGAUAGCAUCUUUACUGCCAGCUCACGUCUACUGGGGAAAUGAAUGUCCAAUAGAAAAAAGUCUGCAUUAGACAGAAGCGUGAGAGGAUUGCAUCCUAAAAUUAGAUAAGAAGUAGUCAAAUAGGAAGUAAAAUUCAGAUUGUUGGCAGUGAGACUAAUUAAGCAUUGAGAAACUUGCAUAAAGACAUACUGAGUGCCUUGAGGCUGUGAAAGUGAGACUGCCAAUCCAUCUCCCCUUUCAAAAGAAUAAGAGAGAAAUGUCCAUCACAAACAGCAGCUGGUUGGUACGCUUUAGAAAAAAUGACAGCACGGUGUAGAAAUGUUUGUUAUUUUGAAAACUGGGAGGAAAAAGCACCAAAUAUUUGAUUUUAUUUCAUCUGAAUAAAUGUAACUUUUUUGUAAUUGCAUUUAAUUUUAGGAGUGGAAGCCUGGUCAUAGGAAAUCUAUUGAACUCUCAUUUUGAUGAUGUAAUGUGUGUCAGAUCUACUCCUGUUGGGGAUGGAUUCUGUAAUGAAAUUACUGCUUCAGUUCAACAGAAACCCUUAAAUCAUUCUGAGAUGCAGAUGUAUCUCUCUCUUAAGAAGUUCGUGCUUUCAUAUACAUUGCUGUCUCACCGUAUAAACAGAAUAACCCUCUUCCUUUUUUCCAUUGGGUACUUUCAGGGUAAGCUUCUAGAAGAUACUGGGCAGAAACAGCUUCAGUUAUGAUUCAAACUGCAGUCCUACUCUGUGCUGUGACUGCAUACACUGGAUCUCAAAAGCAAAACUGAUUUUGAGCAAGGGUUUGGUUUGAUGGUUUAUAUGGCUGACAGUUGUGAUGCCCUCUCAGUAGGUAUUGAGGUCCUUGGAAAUCUUCUUAAAUCUGCUUGGCAAGGAGUCUGAAAUAGUGCCAAGGCUUCAUAUUCUUAUUUUCAUCUAUGCUAUUCAACAGUAUACAAAGCAAAAUUUAUAAAAAUUAUUGUUGGAUUUAUUCUGAUUAUGUAUUUGCAGACUGUUGAAGUAUCAGAGAUCUCAAAUGCCUUUUUUACCAUUCAAAAAUUCUACUUAUUUCCAGUGACUCUUCAUGGAUCCCCCUCCAUUGUAGAGUCAAAGGUGGCAUUGCCACAAGUUCUGUUCUGUGGUCAUAUGUGAGGGUCUGUUUGAGAUCAGGUGAGGUAAGCAUUUGAUGCUUUUCUCUUGGCUCCUGAUGCAUCAUGUUUGGAUGUGUACAUUCCUGAAUUCUCACUGAAGACACUGGAUUUUCAAAGCCAAUGCACAUCCUGUUGUAUAUGGAUGGCGCUUCUCAUACCUUGUCCCUGCAUUAAACCUUUGAGCAGCCAUUGCCUGAUGGAGAAGGCAUUUCAUGGAGUGGCAGAGGAGGCUGAGGCAGCCCAGCAGAAUACUGAGCUGCCCACCCAUAGAUGAAGGCUUUGAUCACAUUCUUAAUGUAUAAAAUAUGGACACCAUGGUUUCAAAGCAAAAACGCCCUGCUCAGUUGCUCGCAGCAGGGAGCACAUGUCAGAGGAACAGGAGAUGCAUCCUUGUGGCCCUGAGUGGAGCACCUCAGGACAGAAAUCACAGCUACUAUCCUGGAAUCAUCCUGAUGGGUGAGUUUAAGCACCGUGCUGGCAGCCCUGCUCAGCUCGUGGAGCCCUUUGGGAUCUGGAUCCCACCGUGGGAGCUGACAUCAGGCACUCAGGGCAUCCGUUGGAACCAAGCCUCUGCUAGGGAGAGUGUGUGUGUAUGUGUGCACGUAGGUAACGCCGUGUAGUUUGGCUGGGGUGUACACAGUCUGCAUUUAAGCACAGGAGCUGCAGCACUUGGACGUGACUGAGAAAAUAAUUCCACUUACACAUCUCUGUUGACAAGCAUAGCGCCACUACAGUUCCAGACAGUGAGCGUAUUUUAACGCUGGCAUAUUUUCAGUAUGCCUUUUAGCCUUUUCUAUAUAUUGUGUCAACAUUUUAAAUGUUUCAGAACUGUGUGUUGAGUGAUUUUAUACUGAAAUGUGUGCUAAUACUGGUAACACUGUUGUGUUUCGCUGUCUUUAUAGACCUCCUCUUUUGUUUGUUGUUUUGGGUGUGAAAAGAUGCACAAUUUGCCAGCCUUAACUCCAUUCUUUAAGAUUUUGCAUUGUUAGAAAGGUUGAAAGCAAAAAAAAAAAACACUGUCUGAUGUCUUUCAUGGUGCUAUAACAAUUGUGACCAACCUCAAAUUGCCCUGAAUAAAGAUGGUAGUUCUUAAGUGCCCCA